AUGGACGGCAAACUGGCUGUUGAACGCCGUCGAUUGUGGCACUCUGAACGGGCAGAGGUGGCGGCCGUACUUUGGAACGGACAGAGAUGGGCGGAGAUGGCGGAGCUGGGGAGGUUCGAUCUAAAUUCCGAAAGUGCGGAGAUGGUCGGAGUUUCAGACGGGCGGCGCUAUGGUGGUGAUAGGCGGCAAUGGGCGGCGCUAAGGAGGGAGUUUCUAGGUGGUUGGCUUCUCGCCGAUUGGCUUCCCCGUCACAUUGGUGGACUCCGGCGGCAUCGGACGGCGGUCCUCCUUCGGUCAGAAUCGCCGGCAAUCUCCGCCCCGUGA